AUGGACCAAGCAUUUGAUUCUAAAUUAACCUUUAUAGGUUCAAAGGCUGAAAAUAUAAAAUUAAUUAAAGAAUUAGUUGAUAAUGCUAUUAAUUGUGCUUCAAACUCCAGAAUUAAAAUGAAUAAUGAAGAUGAUCCAAUUUUUGAUGAAAAUUAUAUCGAAAGUGAAAGCUAUAAAAAUUCCAAAGAAUUAAUAGUUGAAAAAACAAAUCAAUUAUUAGAGUUUUUAAAAAAUUCAAUUUUAUACUCUUCUCCAAGAGUUCAAUCUUUUAUGAUUGGUGAUACUACUAUUGGUAGUAUAGUUGGUAAUGUUGCAUCAUUAUUUUAUAAUGGUACAAAUGUUACAUAUCUUAUAUCAAAUACAAUGAUUCCGUUAGAAUUUAUCAUUGUAAAUGAUAUGUGCAGAAUGAUUGGUUUUGAAUAUAAGAACCCAAAAAAUAUUUACUUUGAAGAUAUGGGUGAAGCACAACAAAGAGUUAUACAAGAAAAAGAAACCAUUGAGGGUUCUAUACAACCAUUUGGCCAUUUGACUAGUGGUGGUUCACUUGCAAACAUUGAAGCUUUAUGGUGUAGUUAUUGGGUUAAAUUUAUUCCUCUAUGUAUUAAAGAUGCAUUACAAGUUGAAGGGGAUUUAAAAGAUGCAAAAGAUUUAUUAAAAAUUAAAGAAAAAUAUAUUUAUUCAAAUGAUUUUAUGGAAUGUAUUGAAUAUAAAGGUGAUGAAAAUAAUGAAAUUAAAUUAAUAUCUUUAUCAAACUGGGAUUUGUUAAAUUUAAACUCUGAUGAAGCUGUAAGAUUACCAUUUUUAGUAGCUAAAUAUUGUAAUUUAAGUGUUCAUCAAGUAUACCCAAUUAUUAAAAAAUACCACCCAUAUUCAGUGGGAGUUUUUAAUUAUUUUACAUCACACAAAAUCAAUUUACCUAUAUAUAUUAUACCUGAAUCAAGUCAUUAUAGUUUGGGUAAAGCUGCAUGCUUAUUAGGUUUAGGUUAUGAAACUGGUGUUAAAGAAAUUGUUUUAGACAAAAAUCGUCGUAUGAAUAUAGAUAAUGUCGAAAAAACUUUAAAUGAAUGUUGGAUAAAUAGAACACCAGUUAUUAAUAUAACUUGCAUUUGUGGUAGUACUCAAGAAGGUGCUGUGGAUCAUAUGGAUUUGAUUUUGAACCUUAAAGAGCAAUAUAGAAAUGAAAAAAAAUUAAGCUUUGAUAUUCAUGUUGAUGGAGCUUUUGGCGCAUUCUUUUUAACUAUGAUACGUGAAGAUUUCAAAAUGUUAGAUUUACCAACCAAAAAACACAAUUUUAUUGAAAUUACAGAAGAAGCCAAACCAAUGGAGUUAUACAAAUCUGAUUUAUUUGAAUCCGAAUCUAUCUUAAGCAAUCAUAUGAAAAAGCAACUAAGCCUAUUAAAGUAUGCUGACACUGUUACAAUUGAUUGUCACAAGCAUGGUUUUAUUAAUUUCACUGCUGGUGGAAUAUUUUUUAGAAAUGAUAAAUUCAAAUAUAUAUUAAAUGUAUCACCAAUCUACAUUGGAGGAAAUUCAAUCGAAUCCACAGGAAUUUGGGGUAUAGAAGGUUCUAGAAACCAACAAGCGGUAUCUGCUAUUUAUUUAACAAAUUCAAUAAUGAGACCAAGUAAAGGAGGUUAUGGUCGUUUAUUAAAACGUUCUUUAUUAAACUCGAAAUUAUUUUAUUUGGGUUUAUUAUGUUUUAAUGAAUUAGAAACCACUCUUUUCAAAGUCCAUACAACUACAAAUGAUCCAAGUCCUAGCGAUUUAGAAUACCUUAGAGGAAGAAUCUUUGGAUCUCUUGAAAAUUCUGAUGAAAUUAUUUUCCCAAAUUUGAAUGAAAUUAAUUGGGAUGAAGGUUUACUAGAAAAACUAUCAGAGAUUGGCCCAGAUACUGAUAUUAUCAACUAUUGUUUUAACCCAAAAAAUAAUACAAGUUAUAACAACCUUCACCAAUUAAAUAAAUUAAUUGGAAACAGAUUUGGUAACCACAAUGCACCAGAUAUUGAUUUAUCAUUAUCUUCAACAAUGUAUGGUCAUUCUAAAGGUAUUGAUUUUAUCAAUGGUUUGCUUACUGAAAUGGGAAUUAAAGAAUCUUUACCAUCUUCGAUAUUAGAAACUAAAAUUCCUUUUGUACGUUCAGUAUUGAUGGAUCCUUUUGUAAAUGAAACUACCAAUGUUUCAUGCUUCACAAAUAUUUUCAAACUUUUAAAAAAAGAAAUCAAUAGUUUUAUUUUAGAUAAUAAUUUAAUUAAUUAA